AUGUUUAACUGCAUAGCAAUGGUACCCCUCGUCUCCUUUCUGGCCGCACUCAGAAUAUUAACUGAGGCUCAAAGUUGUAAUAACGGAAUUGGAAAACUUGUUUAUGAGAAAGUAGUCGACUAUAAACUAAACGGAAUCUCGAGGUUUGGCAACAAAAAUGGUGGUCAGCCUAAAGAAGUGAUAACAAGAAACGAUUUGCCGAUUAAAGUAUUGGAAGAAUGUAUCCGUCGGUGCCAAGAGGAUAGACUCACUUCUAUUCAACACUGUUUAUCGUUUGAUUACUCUCCCGGGCGAAGGAGUUCCAGCCCUUUCAAAAGCCCUCAAACAUUUUGCCAUCAAAAGAAAGUGUUCCCAAUAUUAGCGCUGAAUAUGAGAAGUCUGUUUGCACUCUAUAUAACGAUAGAGGAAAUCCUGAUGGAGACGACACUUUGGUUAGGGAAGAGAAUGCCUGGCAUUAUAAUGAAGUCUGUCUCUCAUAGGAUUCCUGGCUAUAAGUUUGAUGGGAAUGAAGACAAAGAAAUACAAACUAAGAAUAGGACGGAAUGCGAAGACAAAUGUUUGAAUGAACACACGUUUGUCUGUCGAGCCGUUACUUUCAAUAGAAAGACCAGUCAAUGCAAACUGAGUAAAGAGACGCGUUAUACAAAUCCAAAGGCCUUUAAAGUGGACCCAAACUCGGAUUAUAUGGAGAAUAUAUGCCUUCCGCGAAACGAAAUGUGUUCGUGGAAUGCAUUCAUUCUCGAAACAUCCAAACAAUUGGACGCUAUCUAUGAGAGAGUCUUAAUCACUGCCAAUGAGUUCCAGGAGUGCUCUAAUAGUUGUUUGGAAAGUUUGGAUAAACACGGAUUCCUGUGUCGAUCCUUCAUGUUUGACGAGUCCGGACAGACGUGUAUUCUCUACGAUGAGGACCCGCUCUCCUACGAAGAGAUCGCUCAAACAGAUUCGUCGCAAACUAUUCAACAAUUUAAAAGCAGACCAUUGAAGCCAUCGCCAGGAAAUCUGUACCGAGUUUUAUGCGUUAGCGAUGAAAAAGACGAUUCCGUGCGAAACGCAACCGUUGAAUGUUAUCGAAGUAAACGCCUUAAUGGUCGACAUCAGGUAGAGAUAGGAGUCUAUAGUUUCUUCGAUUGUCUUCAGGAAUAUCGAAGUGGAAACGGAGUCUAUCCUCACAGUUACGCGAGUCAUAUCUACGAACAAAGAGCUGGUUUUCAUAGCGGGGCUCCGGGAAUGAGUCCGGGAAUGGCUCCGGGAAUGGCUCCU